AUGGAAAUCUCCGGCCUGAAGCCAUCUCAACUAGGUCAACCGGCGAACGAAAAAGAUGCGAAAGAACUUGAGCUGAUGGAAGAAAUGACGAGAAACACAGACAGCUUCCAAGAGAAGGUGUUGAGCGAGAUCCUAAGCCAAAAUGCUAAGACCGAGUACCUUGAACGAUUCGGACUGAAUGGGGCGACCGACAGAGAAACCUUCAAGUCCAAGGUUCCCAUUGUUACGUACGAGGAUCUACAACCCUACAUUCACCGUAUUUUCAACGGUGAUCGCUCCCCCAUUUUCUGCUCUCUUCCCAUCUCCGAGUUCCUUACAAGUUCAGGAACUUCAGCAGGAGAGAGAAAACUUAUGCCUAUAGUCCAAGAAGAGCUGGAACGCCGCCAGAAGGUCUCCAACCUCCUCGUUUCUAUCUUGAACCUAUAUGUGGCAGGCUUGGACAAAGGAAAGGGACUUUACUUUUACUUCAUAAAAGCCGAAACAAGAACACCUGGAGGUUUACCAGCUAGGCCAGUCCUCACCAGCUACUACAACAGCGAUCAUUUCAAGAACCAACCAAAAAAUCCUUACAAAGUGAUAACAAGCCCAAUAGAAGCCAUCCUCUGCCUCGAUUCCUUCCAAAGCAUGUACAUUCAGAUGCUCUGCGGCCUCCUCAACCGCCUCGAAGUCCUCCGAUUGGGGGCGGUCUUCGCCUCCGGCCUCAUCCGCGCCAUCAAGUUCUUUCAGCUCAACUGGAAACAGCUGGCGUCCGACGUCUCACCCGGGACCCUAGAUCCCAGAAUCACUGACGAAGGCCUCAGAAUCGUCAUGUCUAGCAUUCUAAAACCCAGUCCUGAAUUGGCAAGCUUUAUAGUCAAAGAAUGCCAAGGAGAGAAAUGGAAAGGGAUUAUCACAAGGAUUUGGCCUAACACAAAGUACCUCGAGGUCAUCGUGACCGGAGCCAUGGCUCAGUAUGUCCCGAUCCUCGAGUUCUACAGCGCCGGUCUUCCUAUGGCGUGUACUGUGUACGCUUCGUCGGAAUGCUUUUUUGGGGUUAACCUUAAGCCCUUGUCGAAACCGUCCGAGGUUUCUUACACGAUCCUGCCGAACAUGGCUUACUUCGAGUUCCUCCCGUGCAACAAUUCCUCGUCACGGCUCGUCGACUUAACCGACGUUUUAGUCGGAGAAGAAUACGAACUCGUGGUCACCACUUACUCCGGACUAUGCCGAUACAGAGUCGGGGACAUUCUCCGGGUAACCGGUUUCCACAACUCAGCUCCUCAGUUCAAGUUCAUCAGGCGUAAGGACGUGCUCCUCAGUAUAGACUCAGACAAGACAAACGAGGCCGAGCUUCAAACCGCGAUCGAGAGCGCGUCCGAGUUGUUGUUUGAGUUCAACACGACCGUUGUGGAGUACACGAGCCACGCGGACACCAAGACAAUAUCGGGUCAUUAUGUGAUUUAUUGGGAACUCAUGGUAAUGGACCCGUUUAACCCACCGAGUGAGGAGAUUUUGGACCGCUGUUGCCUUGCCAUGGAAGAGUCAUUGAACUCGGUUUACAGGCAGGGUCGGGUCUCGGAUCACUCAAUUGGCGCACUUGAAAUUCGGGUCGUGAAGAAUGGUACGUUCGAGGAGUUAAUGGAUUAUGCUAUUUCUAGAGGUGCGUCCAUCAAUCAGUAUAAGGUUCCGAGAUGUGUGACUUUCCCGCCAAUGAUGGAGCUCCUCGAUACGCGGGUCAUCUCGACUCAUUUUAGCCCGGGUUUGCCUCAUUGGAGCCCCGAACGACGACCCACCCUACCGGGAAAGUGA